AUGUUGAGGCUUUUCCCACAAAGUGCCCGAAAAUCAGCACUGUUGGCCAAUAAAGGCACAAAUUUACGACCAGCAAAUAAUAUUAUAAACCACAGAGUUUCUUCAUUAUUAUCAGUUAAACAUAGGCACUUAUCGACUUAUACGUAUCCAAGAAUACACGCAGAAAAAAAGGCAAAUGUCAAAAAAUUACCUUUAUGGAAUCGCAUCAAAUCAUAUAGUACAUUUACAGCAUCUGGUGUGUUGAUCGUCGGUGCAACUGGUAUAUCAGCAAUUGUUAUUUAUCUAAUUGUAACUGAAUUAUUUUCUCCAUCCGGAGAUACCCAGCUAUUUAACCGUGCAGUCUCAUUAGUUGAGAAGGAUGAGAUUGUCAGAUCAAAACUACAAUGUCAUGAUACAAUUAUCAGACAAGAACGUUUAAAAGCAUAUGGUGAAUUAGUUCCUGGUGACAAAUGGACAAGAAAUAGACCAAUAUCUUCAAGCAAAAAACUCGAUAGGCAAGGAAAAGAACAUUACUUCAUGAGAUUCCAUGUAGAAUCAAAAGAGAAAAUUGGAUUGGCACAUCUUGAAGCAAUCGAGUCAGAUAAACGCUACAAACCUGAUUUUUUAAGUUUAUAUAUUGAUAUUCCUGGUGAACAAAGGUAUUAUCUAAUUAAACCAAGAAUGAAACAGAUUAUCCAGCCUAGAGGAUUUUUAGGGUUCAAUUGGGGAUCGAAAAAAUAA